AUGGAUUCUCUGCACGUGAAGAGAGAAGAUGGAAUGCCUUCUUUAGGCAGCGAUUUGCUCCUCUAUCCUAGUCAUGACCACGUCCAAGAUCUGACGGAUUCAAAUUUGAGUCUCUGGGAUCGGUCGCCGAACGCAGAGUGUGCCUUUCAAGCCAACACUUACCGGCCUUUGGAGUAUCCGCGCAUGCCAGUUGACCGGACCCACACAUUCCUUUAUCCUCCCAUACAACCCUACCUACAGCCUCCCCAGCUGGCUCUCAACCAUCAAGCUCUGCAAAAUCCUCCUAUACCAUCGACAAAAUACGCAUUGGGGGGUCACUGGCCAUCACAGAGGGUUGAUGACGCCAACUUCAAUAAUCAUCUGCGACCCCAAGAACUGAGUAUUAGCUACGACUAUGCAGAGGGUGACUUCACGGAUGACGUUGAUACCGGGUCAUUCCUCAGUGACACCCCAUAUGCUAAACUCAUUCACGCUGCAUUAAUGGACGCGCCUGGCCAUCGCUUGGUACUGAAAGAUAUCUAUGACUGGAUAGAAAAAAACACAAGCAAAGCAAAGGAUCCUAUGGACAAGGGCUGGCAAAAUAGCGUUAGACACAAUCUCUCCAUGAACAAGGCAUUUGUGAAAGUUCCACAUACUUUUGCUGACAGGCAUUCGACAAAGAAAGGAUACAUCUGGGUGUUGGAUAACUCCGCCGUGGAAGGAGACAUACAGCCCACGACAAGGUACCGACGCAAGAAGGACAGUGCGAGGAAGGCAACAAGAACUCGCAUUAGCAAAGCUCAGCGUGAAGCAAAGCAGCCCAGGCGACGAGCUUUGACAUCUGGACAAAUCGUUGCCCCCCAGAAUGACAUAGGCUCAAACCGAUCAGACUAUGCUUACGACGAAUUGACGGACUACAGUCAAGACAGUGAGACGCCCUAUAGCGAAGACUCAUGUGGAGCAAUGUCUCCCUUCUACUAUGUUAGAAACCCAAUGACACCACAAAUACAAGACUAUGCAUAUAGUCGUUAUUCGUACGCAUCAGAGCCGAAGGCCUAA